AUACCUCAUUUGUUUAUUAUUAUUUUUUUUAAUAGAUCUUUGUUUGUAUUUUUAUUCCCUAUAUAUGUUAAAAAAAUUCAUGGUGUCAUCCUGCUGGUAUUGGAUGUAAUCCUAAUAGUAAUAACACAAUUAGUUCGCCUUUCGUUUCUAGUGUUACAAAUGCUAAAUGGUUACCGGAUUCGCAGGAACCAGAAAUCACGGUUGUUGGUCCUUCGAAUGAUUUGCCUGCAGAA